CUAUACACAAUGCCGAAGCCUGAGAUCACGCUGUUCCAGCAUAAGGGUUUGAAAUGUAAACACCUGCACAAAUCAAAUAUUAUUUCUUAUUUCACAUCGACUGGGUUACUGGGUUUCCAUAACAAGUUAGAACACGUGCACGAUCCUGAACACAUACAUGUAGUGGAAGGACCAAGAUUCCACUGGACUGCAGAAGUCACAGGAUUUAAGUGGCUUUUUUGCCUCUCCUUAAGGUUUAAAGCUCAGAAGUCACAUCCAGUUGCCCAGGAUCAGUACAAAAGGUAAGACAUAUCAGUUGACCUUAAUGUUAAAAAAAAUAAGAUGUAUCCUCAGGAAAUGCUAUAAAAUUAUGUCAGAAUUUUAUAGAUGGCCACAUAAUAUAAUUGCUACUUGUUUAUGAAACUCAUACUUCAUCCUCUGCUAGGGAUAUCUGGAAGUCAAGUAUUUCUAAAAAUACCUUGAAGAUCUUUAAGAUCUUAAAUCACAUUCUAAAAACGUCAACAGAUAAAGUGAGAGUGCAGAUGAACAAUAAUAAUAUAAAGGAAACAAUUAGUUUGCAACUGUAACAUCUUAUUAAUAGAAUGGCCUAGGCAACAAUCUGCAGUGGGAAUUUUGGCAAUCCCAGAACACAAACAGACAAUACUGAGAAAAUAGUGAAAAAAAUAAUAGUAAUAAUUGUGACAACAUUUCUUGUCAAACCAUUGCUCAGAAAAAUAUUGUCAGUGGUCAGAAAAAUCUUAUUGGCAGUUUUCCAACACCUUUCCUCCUUUUAUUUUUAAAAGAACCUGCCCCUGUCCUUAAUGUUUUGGGGUUUGGUUUUUGGUUUUGGUUUUCAAUUGAAAUCAUUGUGGUAAGCUGCUAAAGUAAAAGAAGUGCUGCAAAACUCAUCAGUAGCAGUAGAAGAUGAAGUAUGAUAACUAGGCUGUGAUUCUCCCAAUCCAAAUGAGGACACCUUGCUAUAGUGAACUGAGGACUCAGCCAAAUGACUUAACGACUCAAACUGAAGAAGCCCCAGAUUCUUCAGGGUUGAGCUGGCAGCCAACCUGCCACUUAACUCUGUAUCAGGGCACCUUUAUGUACAACAGCCACUUUAUUGCAAAACCCACUGUUGAAAUUGUUCUUAUUUCUACAGACAGGCGCUAGCAAACAGCUGACAGUUAAUAAACCACCAUAGUGAUUUCUGCCAGGAACAACUGAUGGCGGUGGCAGACAGUUUAGACCUGCUUCUAGAACUGAUUUGGGUUUAACUCUGGGAAGGACUCUGGGUGUUGACAUGCUGAGAUCUGCUCCGCAGGCAUAUGCACAAUUCAUACUGAGCCCACUUGGGUGUAGUUUUCCCACAUAAAUCUUUGAGGGAGGACUUCGGCUCUGGCAUGGAAUAUUCUGUCUUCAACAGCAUUUCAGCUUUUCUCUUACUGUGAAUAGAGCUACAAUACCAAAAUGAUGGCUGAAGUUCCUGAUUCCUCUAGGAGAACCUACACUGAAACAUCCUUCUGAUAACUCCUUAGGAUAUGCAAAUUUACAACACUCGCUUUGUUGAGGUGGUAAAAAUAUUAACCAUGAUUAGUAGCACUCAAUGUAAACAUUUUCAGUGGGUUUAGUCCUGAAAUCCUCAGCAGAUACUUACUCAGUUGAUUGUCAAUAAGCCAUCAAUGAAGUUUUGCAUUUAAAAAGAUCUGAGAAUAUUAGGAUUCUGCUAAUGCCUGGGCUCUGAGCUCCCUCUCUGUGCACUGAUCUGCUCUAUCCUGCAACCUUUUCCCAGCACUGCUGUUGGUUAGGGAUGCAACGAAGCGCGAUUUGUGAUUAUCAUUGCUGGGCUCAUGAAAGCCCCAGGUAUAGAUGUAAUCACAAGCAACACUGAGCUUUUGCUGGUAUAGCUUAUUUUGCCUUUGUGGGAGGAGAAGAAAAGGCUGGAAUAAGCUGUACUGGUUUAUUGCAGUUUUGCUUGUACAGAAUACCAGAUUACCUACUCAGAAGUGCUCUGAAUAUAGAUCUCCCUUGGAGCUGAAGUAGAUCCAACCACUGCAUCUAUGCAGGCACGCCUUUAUUUCACUUGAAAAGAUAGUGCAUAAUUAGGGAGCAGGGUAUAAGUGUUUUCUUAAAAAUACUUGGGCAUGGGGAAACAAGUUCUCACUUUUUCAUUACCUGUAGAACAAUGCAAUCUGAGUUGUAACGACCAGUUACCAAGAAGGUGCUGAAAAUAAGCAAAUAUCAGUACACUAUAUAUACAAAUGAAUAAAUAAUAUGCAAUUAGGUAGCAUGUUUUAUGUCCAGCUCACAUAAAUCCAGCGUGGAAAUGUAAUAAUGGACAUGGAUACCUAGGCUGGAGCGACCAGUAACAUGUCCAGGUGACAUGCACGUGUACAUACACACGGGGUCUCUUUCAUUUCGGACAGCAAGUGAAAGUAGCUCAGGAAAACAUGGACGAACAGACCAAAGGACAUGCCCUCUCCCUUGCCAACUGCUUCCUGAUUUAUCAAGGGCACAGAGCUGAUAGCAGUUAUGUGUGUGAACAACUUCCAUUUUACUAGCGGUUCCACAGCAGUGACAACCGCUACAUGAGUGAAAUUGUUCCGGACUAUGCUCCCCGUGUUUUGACAUCCAGAAAAUGUUACCUAAGGCUCAUCGUAGAAACUUCAGCACUCGCUUAAAGGACGUGGUGGCAGUUUCAAGGAAAGGAACGGGACUGGGACAGGAAGAGGCACAGGCAGGACGGAGCCUUGGUCCAGGUGAUGCAAUAAACUGCAGGCAGGUAGAAAAAUAGAGAGAACGCCCAUUCACACUUGCUUCACGUAUGUUAAUUCUAGUGAUGGAAAAUAAGACCCCAAAGGCGUUUCUAUGCCAAAGAAUUAAACCGCAAAUGAAGGCGCCGCCGGUUGCGAGGACACGGCAGGCGCACCGAGCAGAACGGCCACCACGUCGCGUUGUCACCGCGGAAGCGAGCGCUGUCGCAUGAGCGUGUCGCGAUCCCGAUACUGACUCUGGCGGGCGACUAGCGUAACGUGACCAUCACGAGGUGACCCGUCCCCGAAGGCACCGGCGGACCCGGUACCGCUCGGUCAGGGAAAGGCACCGCGUCCACGUGCAGCGUUAACGGUAAAGCAGAACCGCCCGCGGUGCGGCGGGACACGCAGCUACGGGGGCACCGGCACACAGUCACACGGAGCUCUGCCGACCGCUAACGGUUUCCCGGGGCAGCGUCUGUUCGGCCGGCGCGGCUGGGGCAGACGCGGCACCGGCCGAGGAGGGGGCGGCAGGCAGGCAGGCAGGCUUCCCUCUGCGCCCAGGCGCCAUCCGCCCUCCUCAGUGUCCCCGGCCUCUCCUCCGGGCACUUGUCCUGAGGCGACAGGACGCCGAAGAGCUCCCCGGCUCCCGCCCCCCCCUCCCGACCAGCGCACUCCGCCGGCCCCUCGGCACCCCCCUUCCGCAAAGGCGCCUGCUCCAGCCGGGCCGCCCCGCCCCCUCACACCCCUCCUGCCAAUCACCCUGGCCCCGCCUCUGAGACCCGAGGUGCGGGGUUUGAAAGCGGGCCGGUCCACGCGGCGCGCAGACAGGGGGGGAGAGGGAGCGACGUGGCUGGGGGGCGCGGGGCGGCCUCGCCCGGCUGGUGGUCUAUGGCCGCGGGAGCCGCCCUCGCGGCGGCGGAUGGGUCCUCGCCACCCGCCGCGUGGGGUGUUGGCGCCGGGAGCGGUCGGCGGGCGGUUGGUCGCGGCGGCUUCCCCCCCCGCCCCGCGCAGUGGGAGGCGCCCGGGAUCCCGCGUCACCCAUUGUUUACAAACCAACCCCAGCGGGCCGAGCUCCAGCUUCAACCGCAGCCGCCGGAGCCGCGUGUGCUCGCGUGCGCGCGGGGCGGCGGGCGGGCGGCGGCCCCGGUCCCGCUGCGGCACGGCAGGGCAGGGCGCCGGCCGAGAUGCCGUGCCGCCCGGGCGAGCGCUUCCUGCUGCUGGAGCGCUCGGUCGCUGUGGGGCAGGCGGGCACCAAGGAGGUGGACGCGCUGGUGGCCAAGCUGGGCGAGGUGCUGCAGCUGAGCGCCCAGCGGGCGCCGCCGCCUCCCCGCGCCCCCAAGCACCUGGGGCCGGGCAGCGCCCGCGACCGCGCCGCCCCUUACUCGCCGCGCUGCAGCGGCGGCGGCCUCCUGGCGCCGCGGGGUCCGGCCCCGCCGCAAGCCCACCAGCAGCACUCUGAGCCGCCGCGGCCGGACAGGAGCGGCCACCAGCGGGUGACCAAGCAGCUGUGCGGCCGGGGCUGGCUGCGGAGCGCCGCCCGCCGGAGGAAGCAAGCGCCGCCGGGGACGGGCGAUGGGCCGGCGGAGGAGGAGGACCCGCACCGGCUCCUGCAGCAGCUCAUCCUCUCCGGUAACCUCAUCAAAGAAGCCGUCCGGCGGCUGCAGCUGGCGGCGGCAGCGGCAGCAGCGGCGGCAGCAGCCUCCACGGCUUCCAGCGGCAGCGCCUCGGCGGGGAGCAGCGGCGCGGACGGCGAGGCGGCCGAGGCGGCGGCGAUGCAGCCCCUGCAGUAGCCAGCGGGGACGAGCGGCGGCCGGGGCGACCGCUGGCAGCGGCGGGGCGCCCGGCCGAGCGGACUGCGAUGCUCCGCCGCGGUGUAAGUCUCCCUCCGCAGCGGGGCGCUGGGCCCCCCCUCUCGCUGCCGGGCGGGGCCGAGCCGACCCGGGCGCGGCGCGGUCGGUGUCGGUUGGGAUGGGGCGGGUGUGCGCCCCCCUGCGCCCCAAGGUCACCCCCGGCGCGGCCCCGAGCCCCACCGAUCGCUAACCGUCGGAGGCUGCGCACGUCGCCCGCCCUGAGCUGUUGUGCCCCGUGCCCGCCUCUGCCUUCCCUGGGAGCUCCUCCUCCUUCCCCCCAGCCGGGGCAGCUUGGCCGGGCCGCGGACCCCCCCACGCCGGUCCCUCAGCAGCCGCGGGGCUGCUCCGCCGCCGGGCUCCGUCUCACAGGAGCCAUUUGCAAUAAUUUUCGCUGACCCCGGCGGGAGCCGUUUCCCCCUCUCGAACUGGUUUAUUUUAUUUUUGUUUUUGUUUGGUUGGUUUUUUAAUUAUUUUAACGUUUAUUAUUUUUUCCCUUACCCGUUGUGACUGUAUGAAGCAGUUAAAAAAAUGUGAAUAUCAAAGCUGGAAGGCAGCUGGACUUACAAUUGUAAAACCUGAUGAGUGAAUGGAGCCUGAGACGCAUUGUUCACAUAAGGUAGCUGAAACAAGUUUUUUCUACCAAAAACAACAAAUCCACCCUUCCCCGGCAAACUCAAUGGCUCAAAUACAAGAUGCAGCUGUUGAUUUUAAAUAUAUGCACUUCGUACCGGAGUGUUUAAAAUGUGUUCCUGAUUUACAGGACUUGCCGUCUUAAUUAACCUGUCUGUAUUGAAUAAACGUGGUCUUGUUUUUA